AGCGUGUUGGGUCGAUGGCGAACGUUUCGAGCACGCGUGUCAAAGUGGCGCCGAGAGGAGCGAGAGAUUGCGCGGGGUGCCUUAAAUGGAAAUGCCCCUGGCUUGUCCUCGAUUCUCCUUCUCUCUUUCGCAAAGUUUACUUUUUCUCGCGACCUCCCGUCGCCUUCGAAUUUCCUCGAAAUGAGCGAAUUCAGCAGCGUUGGAUAAAAAGAAAAAUCUUAACGCGACCGGGAGUCGUUUAGGGAAAAAGUCGAAACAAUCUAAUAGCGUUAUUGUCGAAAUCUUUCGUAACCCGACUUAUCGUUGUUUUGCAAUAACUGCGAAGCGCCUGGAGGACCGCAACCGAAUUCUUCCGAAUAAGGCGGGUUACGUUCGCUCAGGGGCAAUGUGGAGUAUAUAAGCGCUUCCUGCUUUUUAGUAGUUCCAUUGUCCGUUUUACUGUCCUAUGUCCGUUGACUAGUAAUAGCUCUCGCGACUCAAGGAUGAAAUCCUCAGAAGCGCAACCUGGAACGUGUUUCCGGAUUUUCCUGUGUUUCUUAUUCAUCCCCUGGUACGGCCAGUCGUUUAUCAUCAACAAUGUUACCGAUUCAAGGAGGAAUCCGGAGCGACGGAAGUCAGAGGGAUCUUGCAUCCGGCUGAGAGAGAGAAUGGGACACUGCGAAUAUUUGAACAGAUGCUUCCUCGAGUACGGAUCGAACUUCACGCUCGCCAUGAAGCACACGUGCACGGUCGACAAAGCAUUCGUCGGCGUCUGUUGCGAGCACCCGAGGCACUCCGACGAAAACCUCGCUGAUGUCCUUCCGACCAUUGCCGUGAACGUCCGAUCUGACUCUACGAGAAUCGUUUGGGAAGAGCCAUCCACGUCCGCACCCGAGAACCCGGAAAGACCCAAAGGAUGCGGGACGAGUUCUAACGGGCGGACCAGAGUGGUGGGCGGUGUACCGGCCGAACCCGGAGAGUGGCCUUGGAUGGUAGCUCUUUUGAGAAAAGAUCGCAGUCAGUUUUGCGGUGGGGUACUAGUCACCGAUAGACAUAUUAUAACAGCGGCUCAUUGCGUCAACAGACUCCAGCGUGAGGACAUCAAGGUUAGAUUGGGAGAGUACGAUUUGAUGUCGGAGGAGGAGACCAGAGCCAGAGACUUUGCUGUCUCGGAGAUACGAGUGCAUCCGGAGUAUGAUUCUACUUCGUACGCUAAUGACAUCGCGAUUGUUAAGUUGCAUCGACCGACAGUGUUCGACACCUACGUUUGGCCAGUGUGUCUGCCGCCCGUUGGGGACACGUUCGAGAACAAGAGCGCGGUUGUCAUCGGCUGGGGUAUGCAGUACUACGGUGGUCCUACAAGUACCGUUUUGAUGGAAGCGCAGAUUCCGAUCUGGCCACAGAACAGAUGCGUUCGCAGCUUCGUCCAACGAAUCGACAGCAACGUGAUGUGCGCCGGAGCUUACGAGGGCGGACGAGACGCCUGUCAGGGCGACUCCGGAGGACCGUUGCUGCUUCGACUCGAGAACGGCAGAUGGGUGAACGUCGGGAUAGUGUCUUGGGGAAUCCGCUGCGGGGAGCCCGGUAUUCCAGGCAUAUACACGCGUGUCAGCUCUUACCUGGACUGGAUAUUCGAGAACGCAGUGUUUUAGCCAGCUCGCCCACGCGCGCUA